UUUGAUGGCGUCGGUUGGUUUACUCAAACUAUGGAUAUAAGUGUGAAUCCAGAUUCCAAUUAUCAGUUGGUAUCUGCAGCCAUGUACAGCUUCAAAUUGUUUGUUUUCUUCUGCACCCUCUGCGCGGUUGUACUCGCUGAAAAGAUAAUAAACAAUGAAGCUGAAUUCAAACCUUCGGAAAUAACAGAACACCAAACAAAGAUUGCAUCACAAAAUGGAUCACCUGUAAGGACAAAAACUGUGCUGAAGGCAUCAACGAUAGCAAAGACACCAACCAGUGAAAUAGAGGACCAGCCGGAACCCGAUACACAAGGGAAAGCGAAAGCCGCAAGAUGUGGUGGAGGAGGAAAAGGAGGGAAGAAAGGCUACGGCGGUUACGGGAAAAAAAGUUGGGGCAAGGGUAAAUGAUGAAUAAAUGUUGUUGCAAAUA